UUAGCUGUGGUGCUUUUGGGGUUUAUAAGUAUUUUGCUAUUGUAUCGUCUAGGCAUUUCCAUCCCUCAUUCCUUAAAUGUAAUUUGUCUUUACCUACGGUUUAAAUGCUAAAAAAUGGGAAACCCUUUUUCAAGGCCAGCAUAACUGCUUUCAAUCCAUGGAAGAAGCGACCUGGUGGGCUUAAUUUACAUGGCAGACCUCAGAUGGUUAGUCCUGGCUAUUUCAAAGGGGUUUAUCGCCGAAGGAACCCUGACGAUCCGACGCGCUUACUGAAGCCAAGCCAUGUGAUUUUGAAGCGCUGCCCCGCAUGCCAGCGCACAAAAUUUAUUCCGCUCCCUGAGAAGAAUCACUUCCACACUUGUUGUGAAGGUCAGACCAUGAAGUUCUACGCUAAUAUGAAGAAUGUGAUGGAUUCGGAGCAUAAACUGAUUGAGAUCACGCGCCAGUGGGAUGUGGAGAACCAGAGGCCGUGGGAUAACUCGCACCGACCCAAGCCCAAGGGUCGUUCAAAACUAAAGAAAUGA